AGAAAAAGGGUUGUCUCGUAUAAUCCGUGGUUCUUUUUUUCAGUGUUUGUUGGCUUCUUCCCCCCCCCCCCUCUACCACUUUCGUCAGCGGAGCGCAUCGUUCGAUUGUAACUGCGAUGGCGCAAAACCCAAAGAUGAUCGAACGCCGGAUGGUGUUCGGCGUCUGCGAGGAUGUCAAGGACGGUAUCCACUACCUAGACGAGGACUACAUUGUGUGGAUCGCCGGGGAGAGCGUGGUGCUGCUCGAUACGCAGCAAGGCUCCCAGGAGCUUAUCCCAUGCACGUCGGCCUGCGAGGGCGUCACCGCCAUGGCCCUCGCGCCGAAUCGCCGCCUGCUCGCCGUGGCCGAGUCGGGCAAGUCGCCAUCGGUUGUCAUCUACCUCUUUGACCCCGCCGCAUCCCCCCGCAUUAAACGGCGGUCCAUUCUGCACCUUUCCGACGUCGGCUCGCACGAGUACGUCUCGCUGUCCUUCUCGCAUGACGGGCGUUACCUGGUCGCACUUGGCGGCUUUCCGGAGUGGAAGCUGGUCUACUGGGAUGUCGAGAAGCACAAGAUGCUGGCCCACAGCACUGCCCUGGAGAACACCCUGGAGGCCAAGGACGUGCGCCACCUCAACCAGUGCUCUAUUGCCCCACGCGAUCCCGCGCUGAUCUGCGUGUCGGGCCGCGGCUGCGUGAAGUUCUUCUCGUACGCCGACGGCCAUCUCUUUCCCUCCUCAGGCGGUGUGGAGGCAGCGGAGGUGCAUUACCUCGCCCACAGCUGGUUAAUGGAGGACGCGAACCGACUGGUCGUCUCCACCGACAACGGCGACCUCCUCUUGUUCGAGGACAAGCAGUAUCAGCACCCGCUGCCGCUCUCGCCGUCGGACGGCAUUGCGAUUACCGCGCUCGCCUCGUACACAAAAGGCUUCGCCUGCGGAGGUGACAUGGGCCUCAUCACGCUGUUUGAACGGACGCGCAGCAAGGAGAUGUACCGCAAGGUGCGCACCUUCCGCUUCAACGCCGACGGCACCCAAGGGCUCUCGGGAGACCUAACCACGGCGUCGAAGAUUGGGGCGGAGGUGCCGGUGAUCCGCGCUUUCACCUUCACCCCGCCCCCGGCGGAGGAGAUGCUGGCCUUCCUCACGAGCACGAAGCAGAUGUACGCCCUGAACGUUCCCAACGCGGACUUUACGAAGGCGGAGGACAUGGUCUUUCAGCCGGUCGGACAGCCCUUCCACACGAGCAGCAUCGCGGCGGUGGACACGUGUGCGCAGCGCCCGUUGGUGGCCACCGCCGGCCGCGACGGCAGCGUCUUCCUGUGGAACACCAUCACGAACGUCGUGGAGCUACGCAAGAACUUCCGGGCGGAGAUUUUAAGCAUGGCGAUGCACCCGUCCGGGCUGCACAUGAUCAUCGCCUUCACCGACUCCCUGCGGGUGUACAACAUAUACGAGAAGGAUCUGUGCGAAUACAAGCGGCUUAGUAUCCGUAACUGCGUCGCCUGCUGCUUCAGCCACGGUGGGCAGUACUUCGCUGUGGCAAACUCCACCAUUAUCCACGUGUACUACUCCUACACCUGCGAGCUGCUGGGUCAUCUGCGGGGACACAACAGCAAGGUGCGCAGUCUCAGCUUCGUGCCGCCGGACGACACCCGCCUCAUCUCCUCCGGCGCGGACGGCGCCGUCUUCGAGUUCAGCCUCUGCGACUACCACAAGGUGCACGACAACAUCGUGAAGGCGGUCACCUACCACUGCGCGGCGGCCGACGUGCAAACCGUCUGGGCCGCCGGCAGCGACCGCAAGCUGCGGCAGCUGGAUCGUGCAACCAUGCAGCACAUCGUCGAGUACGGCCUGAACAACGCGUCGAUGCGGUGCAUGUCGGUGAGCAAAAACCUGAAGCUGCUGUUUGGCGGCUGCGACGAUGGCACGGUGCGCGUGUACAACACCUACCUCGGCGAGAAGCUCAUCGGGUCGGGGGGCGAGCGCGUCGGCACCGCAGGCGGGGGCGGAGACGGGGCGGGCGGCAGCGCCGGCGGUGGCGGUCCGCGCAUCGUCGCCGCCCCGCGUGACAUCACCAUCGAGUCGCACAUCACCCACAUCGGCCACGUGAACGCGCUGACGCUGUCCUACAACGAGGAGAUGCUUAUCACGGUGGGCGACGACGGCAUGGUGGUCUUCUGGGACGUGGUGGCGCCGCACCGCGGCACGGUGAAGGAGCUCGCGUACACGACAGAGCUGCUCGUCGACCGCCGCGAUUUGGACGCCACGAUGGGCCUCCUGCGUAACUUGACGGAGCAGGUGACAGACUUGAAGCACCGCAUGGCACAGCAGCAACUCAAGCAGGAGCGUCAGCACGAGGAGCAAAUCGCGCACCUGGACGAGGAGUACAGCGGGGAGAUGGUGAAGCAGAAGGACCACAUCGCGGCGCUGGAGGCGGCGAAGAGUGAGCAGGCGAUUCGCUUCACCGAAUUCAUGGUGGAGCUGGAGCAGAAGUCGGCCCAAACCUACCAACAAACGGAGGAUGACUACCGCUGCAAACUGGAGUCACUCAACAGCCGCGCCGACCAGCUGCGCCACCUCAUCGCAGAGGAAAACGCGAAGCACAUCAGCGAGAAGACGACGCUGAAGACGGAGGCCGAAGCGCAGCACCGCAAAGACAAGCAACGGCAACGGGAGGAGUUCCAAGGACUGGACGAGGAGCGACACCGCAUCGCGACGGAGAAGGAGCGCAAUGACGCCGAAACGGAGGCGAUGUCGAGGAUGAUCGAGGAGGACAACGACACGGAAAUCGUCAAGGCAAAGGAGUACUACGAGAAGCGCUACCGGGAGCAGGAGGAGGAAGCAGCCGCCCUGCAAGCAGCCAACAACACCCUCCUUUCCAAGGAGAACUUAAGCCGCGCCGAGCUGGAGGCGAAGAUGGCGGACGUUACGGAGAAGCUGCGGCAGCAGACGGUGCUCGAGUCGCACAUCGAGUCCGCCAAGCGCGAUAUCGAGGCCUUGACGAAUGAGCUGCGGGAACGCGGGGAGACAAUCGCCGACAAGGAUCGGCGCAUCCAGGACCUGCGCACCAAGAACCAAGAGCUGGAGAAGUUCAAGUUUGUGCUCGAGUACAAGCGGAAGGAACUCAAGACGCAGAUUCAGCCCAAGGACAACGAGAUCAACGCCUCCAAGGAAAAACUGGCGCACAUGGAGUCCGAGACAGGGCAGUACGAGGCGAGCAACGAGCACCUUGUGCUGCAAAUCAAGAGUCUGCGACAGAAGCGCGCGGCCCAUCAGAAGGACCUGGACUGCGUGGCGGGCAAGAUCGCAGAGGCAAAGGCCUACCAAAGCCGCAUGUGGGCAGAGAUAGGGGACACCUACAGCGAGUACCAAGCUACUAAGGACAAAAAGCGUCUCAAGGCGAUGGCGAAGGCCCUGCAUGACAACUACACUUCUGGCCGGAAGCCGGCGAAUCAGAAGCUCUUCAACUCCGCCGGCACCGCCACGGACGAGGUGAGGGACUACCACCGAGAGCGUGAUCACCUCGAGGGUAACCUGGCUAGCCUCAAGAAAAAGAUCGCCAAGGAUGAGGAGAACCACCGCGCGGAGAAGCAGUGCAUCACGACGGAGAACGUCAUCCUCGUGAAAGAGAUCAACGACCUACGUAAGGAGGCGCGGACGCUGGCGGCGAAGGCGGGGGUGGUGCGUCCCACCGACCCGAACGGCGUCUCCGUGUACGAGGCGGAGUACGCGCGUGAGGCGCAGAUCCAGCACUCCGAAAUCGGUCGUCUGCGCAACAUCGUCGAGCAGCUAGAGGCGCAGGUCAAGGCGAAGGGGCUUCCGUUGCCCGUGCCGAAAACGUAG